AUGAUGAGUGCCAAUAGAAAUAAACUUAGCCCCUUAAUAAUUAAUUUAAAUAUUGGUGAUCAAUUAACGUCAAUAUCGUGUGGUCAUGUCGUUGUAGAACUAAUAAAAUUUCUAGUUUAUCAAAGAUUACAAAUACCCUAUACGUAUCAGUGGCUUAAGCAAGUUGUAACAAAGAAAAAAAUGUGUGCAAAUGAGGAAAAGAAGGAUAGCUUUCAAUCAGAAAGACAUUUUCGUGUCGCGUCAACAGCAUUGGAAAACUUAGAUUUUAUUCUAAAGGUGCUUUUUCAUGUUCAAAACAAGCUGUAUAACGCUAGUAUAAUAAAAUCUCACCCUUUGAUUAAUUACUGGGCGCCCAUUGUUAAACUUAACCGCAAGUUUUUUCUUCAUCAAAUUGUUUUAUUAGUUUCAAUGUUCUUCAUUUCAGAGUUUGUUAUUAGAGAUAAGUGGUCCUUCAUUACCUGGGGAAAUUUGCGUCGCUUUUGGGGCAACGCCUAUUACAUGUAA